CUUCCCAGGUUAAAAACACUAUCUUCACACAUUUUCAGACAAAUCUCUUCUUUCCUCUUCCCUCUUCCCUCUCCCUUCUUUGCUCUUCCCUCUCCCUCACCGAAGGCCGGCCACUGGAGACCACAAACACCAAGCACCACUGACGAUGAGCCACCCACGUCUCCGGCGCCGAGCUACCCACAGUCAAAAUCCCCAAAUUUCAAAACCCAAACCCACUGUCAAAAUCCAUCUUCCCUCUCUUCCACCGACUACGAAACGCAUAAGUUUUAUUGUCUCUCUGUUAUAUUUCAUGCGUCAAAGUUACGUGAUGUUGGGGAAUAACUCUUAGGGUUAUUAAUCGUGUUUGUCAAUGAAGUUUGGUUGACAGAGCACGCAGAUGAAUUAGGCUAUCAAAGCGAAUCUGUUUUUAUUGAUAUAAUUAAUAUCUAAAUUAGUAUUAAGAGGUGGUUGGAUGUUGAUUAUUUUAAUUUUCUUAUUUGAUCCUGAGGCUUGUAUACAUAGGUACGUUGCUUUGAUUUAUGAAGGUAAUAUUAAUUUUUUUUUCUUGCAGAAAAAAAUUGAAAGUGAAAUCACACCGACAAAAGCGGUUUUGGGAGUGGGCGGUUUUGGAAAAGGUUCUAUUGAUAUCUGAGUGAGAGGGACGAAUGACUAUCACCGUCCACCACUUGCUACACCCGCCACACUGUUCUUCUCCACUUCCUGCUUUUUCGUCAUCAACAAGGUCAUUGAGGUCUCAGAUCUCCUGCUCUUCCUCCUCAUUAGUGGCUCAAAUGGAUCCGUACAACGAGGGGAGAACAAAGUUCAAGGCGUUCCCGUAUGUCUCAACCCCACACAGAAACCUGAUGGUUGAUCUUGUAUCUACGGUGGAGAACCGCCUUGACUCGAAGCUCCUUCCUUGUACUCUACCGCCGGAUGUACAAUACUACCAGAACCAGAGUGGGACCGGCUCUGCUACGCUCCACAUCAGAUCUGGCCACAAGCCCUCCCAGAUUGAUUUUAUAUUGGGUAGCUGGAUACACUGUGAGCUACCAAUGGGAGGAGCACUGAACAUAACAAGCCUAUCAGCCUAUCUGAACCCUUCAACCGACGCACCAAAUUUCCUUUUUGAGCUCAUUCAGAGCAGCCCAACAUCCUUAAUUCUCAUUCUUGACUUGCCUCCUCGAAAGGACCUUGUUCUCUCCCCAGACUACCUCCGCACAUUUUACGAAGACACCCAGCUUGACAGACAUCGGCAAACACUUGAGAAAAUCCCUGAGGUUCGACCCUAUGUCUCUUCAUCCCUUUACAUACGUUCCCUAGUGUCUCCGACGGCCAUUACGGUUUGUAUUGAGACGGAGGCCAACGGACACGGACGAAUGGAGGAGGUCAUAAAAGAUCAUAUUGAUCCCAUUGCAAAGGAAGUGCUGGGAAUCUGGUUGGAUCAAUGUGCUUGUGGGGAGAGAGAAGUGGGAGAGACUGAGAGAGGUUAUUUGGAAAAGAGGGAUGGGUUGGUUAAGAGCAGGACUAUUGAGAUUGAUCUGGGCUCGAGCCUGCCGAGGCUGUUUGGGCCUGAAGUAGCAAAGCGAGUGUUGGGAUCCGUACGAGAGUUUUUUACUGCAUGAAAAGCUAGUUUGUUGUGUGUAUUACAAUGUGAGAAUUAAUGUAAAUAAUGUGAUUGUUAACCUCAAAGAAAGGGGUAAAAAACCGCACUUUUUAUUUCUUUAGAAA